AGCUGCCGUCUGUCAGAAACGCUUGCUGAUCCCCUGGUUUGCGUUCUUUACAUUAAAGCUUAUUAGGGUAUCUGGAGAUAUAUUCGCAAGAUUUAGUGAUAGCACAGUUCCCUUGUUCCCAUUCGUUUCGUUCCGAAAAGAUAAGACAACCAACCCUAACUAGCUAGAGCAAGUGCUUGUUGCAUUCAACCGGCGAGUGGCGGCGAGGAGGUGCGCGGCGGCGCUUGAUCGCAGAUUGGGGUAGAGAGUGGCCGGCCGGUAUAGAGCCAAAGGCGGCCGAUGACUUCGGAGAGUAGCAGUCAACCGCAAAAGAAGGAGGAGGUCGAGACGGGGUCGGUCGCCCGAAAUCAAGAGGAGAAAACCGGCGAAGACCAAGGCGGCAUGGUGACUACCAAGGGGGCCGGUCUAAAUCCCAAUGCUAAAGUGUGGCCUGAAGUGUCUGCACCUACCACCCAGGCACCAGAGGUGGCGGCCACAGAGACUUGCCAUUGGCCACAAGAAGAUGCUGGCUCCACCGAAGAGUCAGAAGGCUUCAAGGAGUACAGUGUUUGCUAUGGAAACUCUGAAUCAGCCCCUUCUUUAGAAAGCAGCAUGUUGAAUGGUAUGGAGUCUGAAGAACUGGCUUACCCGCUCUAUGAAGCAGGCGAGGUUGUUGAGGAGCAGCUGCCUUUGUCCGAGGAGAGUCUGAAGGAGUCGUUGAGGAAAGAGCUGGAGUUUUGCUUCUCGAGGGAGAAUCUCUCAAAGGAUCUCUAUCUGAUAUCUCAGAUGGACAGUGAUCAGUUUGUCCCUAUUUGGACCAUAGCAAGCAUGGAGGGUGUCAAACUACUGACUACUGAUAUGGGUCUGAUACUUGAGGUGCUGCGAGCCUCUCCCAUGGUGCAGGUUGAUGAGAAGGGGGAGAAGGUACGGCCAAAUAACAAACGAUGCAUCAUCAUCCUUAGAGAGGUCCCUGACACUACACCUGUGGGGGAGGUGGAAGCGCUGUUUAAAAGUGAGAAGUGUCCACAGGUCAUCAGCGUGGAGUUUGCACACAAUAACAACUGGUACAUCACAUUCCAGUCUGAUACUGAUGCACAGCAGGCUUACAGAUAUUUACGUGAAGAAGUCAAAACCUUUCAGGGCAAACCAAUUAUGGCACGCAUCAAGGCCAUCAACAUGUUCUUUGCUAAGAACGGUUAUGGGGCAGUUGAUUCUGGGGUGUACUCUGCUGCUCAGUCACAGUACUCCUCUCAAAUCUACCUGCAACAGGUGUACCAGCCCCCACAACAGUACCCCCUCUACAACCUCCUUCCGCAGACAUGGACCCCCUCACCAACCCCUUACUUUGAAACACCUCUGGCACCAUUUCCCAACAGCACAUUUGUUAAUGGGUUUGGCACAGCAGGAAACUACAAAACUGGCUCCUCUCCAAUCGGCCUUACACGCAACUACCCCCGGAACCGACUUCCACUAUAUUCCAGAAAGAAUGUAAUCAAUGCCUUCAGGAACCAUGUGAAGCCACAGCCUCGUGCUGAUGUUGGUCAGCUGACUGAGACUUUGUCUGGUACCAGCAGUCCUCAGCCCUCAUGCACCCCUACUUCCGACACCAGCGUUUCCACCCUCACCCCGCUCUCUGAACUGCCAACUUCCCCCAGAGAGAACCACCACUCAGAUCUCGGCAUCAUCAACCGUGUCAGGAGAGGAAGCUACCGUGGCAUGAGGAGAAGAGAUGAAAGAACGAGGCAUUCUGAAAUGGAGGUGAAAAAUCCACCCCCUAAGUUUGACCUUGCUACCACUAGUUUUCCACCAUUGCCGGGAGGUGUGCCGAGCCAUCUGCCAGCUGUGGCCAUGCCAGCAGAGUCAGUGUUGGAGAAUCGAAUGGCAGAUGUUGUUAAAGGCAUCAAUAGGGACAAGUUCGAUACGAAUAAACAAGAUGUUAUUCAAGAGACAGGAACGUGUCAAGUGGAAGCAGAAUCAACUGCACCCUCCAUUCCAGCGCCAAAGCUCCCCUCCACUCAACAGGACACAUCUGCCACGAGUGUGUCACAUCAAGUAAAGAACCCAGCGGAUGUUCAAAUCUCUGACACACCUCCCAACUCUGCAUCAGUGGCCGCAAACCCUGUCCAGCCUGUUCCCGCCCCCAAACCUUCAAGCAACCAAUCAACGUCAAGCACUGCAUCUUCUCCACCUGUCCUGAGCCCAAUUGAGCAGGAGCCUCGGAAGCUGAGCUAUGCAGAGGUGUGUCAGAGACCACCCAAAGACCCUCCUCCCAUGCCGGUAGCCCCGCCUAGCCCCACCCCCUAUCCUACCACAAACCAACCACUACGUGAGCUUCGUGGCAAUAAAGCAGAAGGCCCAGCCUCAUCCCACUGCAGCUCCCAAGAGAAAGCAGAGAAAGGAAGUGAGAGUCGGACGUCCAGAGUGCUGACUGGCCACCAACGUGGUUACGGCCCCAGAGGGUCAGGUUUUAAGCUCAGAGAGCAGCAGAGACGGCCUCCUCAGGGUCUACGCACCUCUCCACAGUCAGGGUAUAACAGAUGCAGUGGAAAAGAACAAAACAUCCCACCCAGAUCGCCAAAGUAAUGCCUCGUAUGCCCACAAUACAUGCACACUUGUGUGUGCACUUCGAUAUAUACACACACACACAUAUAUAUAUAUAUAUAUAUCACAAAGCAAGAGUCUCUCUGUCUGUCUGUCUGUCUCUCUCUCUUAUAUUUAUAUAUAAAGAUAAAUCUACAUAUGAAAACUGGACUGUUGCACUGUGGUGUCAAAGAACCCUCUACUUCCUUAAAGACUUGUGACAUUUGGGAACUUGAUCCAUAAAAAUCCAGGAGAAAACUAGGAAUUUAAGAGAGAAACAAACCUUUUAAACUUGAAAGGAGGACAAACGGGCCAUGCUUCCUGUGGUGUCUGUGAUUUUACAACGUUUGAUUAGUGAAUGGAUUUUGAUUUUACUUGGAGUGUUUAAGGUCCUGGAACUAGUGUAUAAUGCUGUAAAUUUUUAUUAUCUAUAAAAACUAUAGAUUUUUUUUUUUUUUGUAAAAGUACUGUUGGUGAGACAUUUAGACAGCACAUGUUCUCCAUAUGCAACAAAGACCACGUGAAACUGCUUCUCACUGGUCCAUACAUCUCACGUGUUUGUUACUUUCUGUUUGCACCUGUCCUAAAUGGGGCUGGGACAAAAAAAAGAAACGUUUAAAGAUGCAUCACAAUGCUUUCUCAAAUGAUUCUGUCUCAUUGCACAAUUUAUGAUUGAAAUAAUGUUUUUUUUUUUUGCUUUUUAGAAAAAGCUUAGAGGACUGCAAAUGUAUAUGUAUUCAAAAUUUUGCACGUUUCUGCCCAGAGCUGGAAGAACAAUGGUCUGUUGUUCUUGCUGUCUAUUUGACUUGAUGUCAUAAGGUCUGGUCCAAAUUGAACAUUAUGUCAAGAGAACUGCCCACUUAGACAGGAAAAGCCAUCUGACUGACAUAUAAAUUGUCUAAAUAGACAUGGAAAUAAAUUAAAUGGUUUGGCAAUUUCUUUGAAUGGUUGUAUUGAAGACACUGAAAUGGUUGAGGAAAUUGUGUGUAGUCUGUGAUCAGCGCUUCUACUCGUCUUAAAAAUAGCAAGGACAGGUCAAUCCGGUACUUGUAAAUUAGUUUAAUUUUAUUUUAAGUUUGGGUGGAAAUGGUGUGCAUGGAAGUUGCGUUGAGGCAGCCGAUCAAAUUUAAUUUACCAGAUCGAAAAAGUACUUAUGUUUUGUGUGUAGUAUGAAUCAGAUGGUCAGCGAACGGAAUGUGGGUGUGCCCUCAUUGGUUGAGACUCAUUCCAAACAAAAAUCCUUAAUCAAGUAUCAUAGCUUCCACAGAAUUCAAAGAGUGCACGGAAAAUUGCUUGGUCAGUCAGCUGUUUUAUUGGAAAAGAUUUGGCUUUUGUUCAAUUAUUGAGAUGCAUUGAAUCAUUUCAUGGAGUCACAAUGUGAUCACGAAUCAAAAUCAAAUUGACUUGUAAGGUGCCUAAAGGUUCCCACCCCAGUCCAAAACUGCAAAUUGAAACCGGUUGCAUGUACGCAAUGUUCAAAGAGGGGGAAAUGUGUAGGUUUAACCAAGUACAGAAUGAGACUAAAAAGUAAGUAAUUUCUGAAAUAAACUUUUCAAAACAGCUUUCCAAAUGCACCCCCGUCUGCUGUUGGUCAAUCAAAGAGACUGAUUUUGAGAAGAUUAACAUUAAGGUUGGAUGGUAGAAAGUAUUUUAACAAAGUUACAUAAGCUUUUAAUAUGAAUUUCAUGAAAAAUGGAAUAGUACUGGGCCUCCAUUUGAAAGAAGACAAGUAAAUGAUGGACAAACAUAGGAUGUAUGUUUUAAGAGCAUUUUGAGUUGGCAUGCUGUGCUGCAUCAUGUGUUGUAAAGUGUCAUCUGUGAUGUCCAGUGUUUUUGAAGGCUGGGUCUGUCAAUAACCAAGGGAAGAUCAAGCUGCUUUUAAGGCUGAAAGAAUUAAAUCAUUUGUUUAGAUGAGCAAGUCUUGAAUCCACUGUCUUCCUUGCCCUCUGAAGUGAAAGUAUUGUUAGACUUUUAUAGCGAUCAGGUGUUUGUACUGUUGGCUUUUGACUGAAUUGUCAGUUUUUCCUUCUGCUGUAGAUGCUGGUUACAAUAAUCGGUGUGGAUUUUACUUUGUCAGAGUUCAUAUGCUGCUUCAGAAGUGUGGUUCAUGUCCAGUCUCUAAUAUUCAGUCAGUCCACAUGGUCUUUUGUUUGCUUUGUUUAAUCUGUAUGUUUAAGCCUGUAUAUUUCAGGUGUGAUGACCUGUAUGCAGAGUGAUGUUCUGUAAUAUACCUGCUACAGUGUUCAUAAAUUAUUUGUCAUUGAUAUCAUAAUGAUUUUUGGUAAUGGAGGGGAAUUCUGGACCUCAAGAGAAAAUUGAUGUAUGACUGCUAAUUACGUCCAAGGCUUAAUGCAGGUUUUUUUUUUUUUUUUUUUUUUUCUUGAUCAUAGCCUUUUUGAAUUCAGUAAUCAUAGAAAGGUUUAGGGGGCUUAAGUUUUAGUUAUUGAAAUGUAUUUUUGAAUGUGUUUUAAAUGUUUCAUUUGUGAUGCUUAAAUGCAUGAUUUUCAAUUUCUCCUCCCCACUUUAUUAACUCCUCUCUCAUUCACAUGUAUGUUGUGCACCGAUCCAGACCAAAGUCAAAUCAGACAAUCUCAGGAAGUGCUGUUUAAAUAAGAACUCAUCAUUCUGUCAUGUGCUGUUUAACGAGCGAGUGAUUAUAAUCAUGAUCAUGUAGUUGUGCGUAUGCAUAUGUGUUUUAAUUUUAUGAAACAUCCUUUUGACUAGGGGCCUUCUAAAGGUAACAAUGUGACCUAAUAAUAAUUCUCAAAAUUCCCUCAUUUUAUUUGGCAACUUUAAACCGAAGAACAGUUUGGGAGAGAAAGUUCAUGUGGGCAUUGUUUUAAUUUAUUUUGUUUUAAAUAAGUUUUUUGUUCAACUUAAAUUAGUGUGGCUUUCUUGUCCUAACAUAUGUGAUAAUAGUUUUGAGAUUUGUUAUUUCAGAUUAUUUUCUGUAUUUGCCGAUUUAUUCUAUUUUGAUGCAAAUUGUGUAGAGACCGUGCCACUAAAAUUAGAGAAAUCAGUGGAUCUGGUUGUAUUUUUUGUUUAUCUGAAUUAAUUGAUUUGAUUCAUAACUGGCUGUUUAAAUGAAAUGUAUUAAGUUGUUGCUAAUCUUAUAUCCUCUGUAGCCUGUAAGAUUGUUAGACAUGAAAUUGAGAAAGUAGCAAAUGUUUAGUCAGAAAAAGAACAAAAAAAUGUUUUUUUUUUCUCUCAUAGGUUCUGUACUGUGAGAGAAUAGGUAUAGCAACUGCUGAGAGAAGUGAAGUGUUUUGACAACAUUAUAGAUGUUAAAUGAAAAAAAGGAAAUGAAUGAAAUAAAAUCUAAAAUUAUUUUAAUCUGCAUGUUUGCAUUUAUUCUUGAACACCCUGACAGUGAUGGUAAAGGGUUCCUAGUAUUAAUAAAAACAUUGACUUAUGAAGAUUAAACUAUUCAAAAAAUAAUAAUAAUAAUUAACUUUAAAACUAUCUGAAAAUUUGGGUUAUUCAGACUGACUGUAUUUUGUUCUGGAAUCCUGUACACAUUCUUUUACUAUUAUUGAAUGGGGCAUUUUAUAGU